AAUGACGUCUAUCAAAAAGUGUAAGAAAUGACAUGCACGAAAUGCGCGUGAAAGGAGCAUUUCCUCCUCGGAAAUAUAAACGUUAAAAUUUGUCCGCCUGUCCAGCGUGGUUUCGCACGAAAUGCGUCCAUAAAUCAGCCCGAUUUCGCAAGACCGCAAUUCAAUUUUCAAGAUUUGUAGUCGGAAAGAUGGAGGUCUUUCAGGACAAUUUUAUCGCUAAUCUCAGUAACACCUCUCGGCCGAUGUACAACGAAAUGGAGGAAAUAGACGAGUUCGAUUUCGAUCGUCAACAAGUGGAGCAGAUCGUGGAGAUCGUGGUGCCAAUAUGUUUCGGCAUGAUCGGCAUCGUCGGACUCAUCGGCAACUUUCUGGUGGUGAUCGUGGUGGCCGCCAAUCCUGGCAUGAGAUCGACUACGAACAUUUUAAUCAUCAAUCUGGCGGUGGCCGACCUGUUGUUCGUCAUUUUUUGUAUUCCGUUCACUACCACCGACUUUGUGUUGCCUUAUUGGCCGUUUGGGAACGUGUGGUGCAAGAUUGUGCAGUACCUCAUCAUCGUCACUGCGUUCGCCAGCGUUUAUACGCUGGUUCUGAUGAGCCUUGAUAGGUAUUUGGCAGUGGUUCAUCCAAUAAGUUCGAUGUCAUGGCGGACAGAAAAUCACGCGAUCCUCGCGAUCUGCAUCGCAUGGGCGGUGAUUUUUACAAUAUCCACACCCGCCCUAGUUAUCCACGGCGAGUUUCAGGACGUGAACGAUUCGUCAUCGGAGAACCUGACGGCAUGUCGAGUCUUGUCACAAUAUGAUUGGCCGUACUUCCAAAUUUCGUUUUUCCUGCUGAGUUAUCUGCUGCCGCUGAUGCUGAUAUGCUUCUUUUACAUUUGCAUGCUCGUCAGGCUAUGGCGCGGCGGACGUGUCAGCGCCGAGAGUCGACGCGGAAGAAAACGAGUUACGAGGCUGGUGCUCGUCGUCGUCGGCGUUUUCGCCUUUUGUUGGUGUCCUAUACAGAUAAUCCUGGUAGUAAAGUCUCUGGAGGUGUAUCCAUUGACAACAGCGACGAUAGUGAUACAAAUAGCGAGUCACAUUUUGUCAUACAUGAACAGCUGUGUCAAUCCUAUUCUCUACGCUUUCCUCAGCGACAGUUUUCGGAAAGCAUUUCGGAAAAUAAUUUACUGCAGACCUCGGCCUGAUCAGAACAAGCAGUUGGGACCACUGACGAAAACUACGAGAGCUGCCAGUACCGGUGACGUUCUUUAGCUUUCCGUUACAGAACACUUCAGUGAAAUGAAGAUUAUGAGGAAGAAAGGAUUACAGAAAAAAUUCUGCAAUUUUUCUGGUUCAGUAUAUUUCAGAAAGCACCAUCUCAUCAAGGAUCCCAUCAAGCAUCAACACACUAUAAUCCACUACUACUACAAUAAUCAACUACACCAUAGUUCUUAAGUUUUACAGCCAUAUAGUAAAUUUCCAGUUAGACCUAGUCAAUAAGUUAAAAAUUUACUCAAACCCUGGUGUUUAAAAUUUUGUUACAAUUAUUAUUAACUACAAGCUCUCAUAUAGGCAGGUUAAUUUAUAAGACAGAUAUGCAAUUGUUUUUGUUAAAAUCAAAACAGAACAUUAUCACUAACCUCUUGUACCAUGACACACCAGGUGCGUCAUAACUAGUCACACCUAUAAUAUUAAGGUUAAUUUAUGAGACAGAUAUGCAAUUGUUUUUGUUAAAAUCAAAACAGGACAUUAUCACUAACCUCAUGUACCAUGACACACAAGGUGUGUCAUGACUAGUCACACCUAUAAUAUUAAGGUUAAUUUAUAAAACAGAUAUGCAAUUGUUUUUGUUAAAAUCAAAACAGAACAUUAUCACUAACCUCUUGUACCAUGACACACCAGGUGCGUCAUAACUAGUCACACCUAUAAUAUUAAGGUUAAUUUAUGAGACAGAUAUGCAAUUGUUUUUGUUAAAAUCAAAACAGGACAUUAUCACUAACCUCAUGUAUCAUGACACACCAGGUGCGUCAUGACUAGUCACACCUAUAAUAUUAAGGUUAAUUUGUAAGACAGAUAUGCAAUUGUUUUUGUUAAAAUCGAAACAGGACAUUAUUACUAACCUCUUCUACCAUGACACACCAGGUGCGUCAUGACUAAUCACAGCUAUAAUAUUAAGGUUAAUUUAUAAGACAGAUAUGCAGUUGUUUUUGUUAAAAUCGAAACAGGACAUUAUUACUAACCUCUUGUACCAUGACACACCAGGUGCGUCUUGACUAGUCACAGUUAUAAUAUUAAGACAAAGUUGAAAUAUGUCAAUUAUCAAACGACUAUGCAAAUAAUUAGACUUGAUCUCCUAAUUGAAGAAUAGUGAAAAUUUGAGUAAAAUUGUUCAUAGCUGAAGUAUGAGUCACGAGACUAAAUAGUGUAAGGGGUUGAAAUAUAUAUAAGUGUUCUAUUUAUGAUUUGAUUUAUUUAUAAGUUUACAAGUUUAAGUUUUAUAAGUUUACCACUUGCUGUUAAUCAGAAUUUGUGUAGAAUUUAUUUGAACGAAGCUUACAAUUAGCUAUAAGAAGGGUGGUUCAGAGUGAGUCCCCAAAUACAACCCCUCGUUGCUCCAAAAAUUGAUAUUGUUUAUUGUUUAAUUAAUCCUUUAAUUCUAUAAUCAAUCCUCGACGUUGUACAUACAUUAAUUUUACAGUAAACAGAAGUUUCCAGUAGAGUUUCCAUCUAUCUUUCUUAUUCCAAAGUCGAAAGAAACGACACCCUGUCUCAUCAGCUGUUCCAAGAACUUCAAUCGAAAUUUUCUUGCUUCGAUAGUCCGUAACGCAAUCAAAGAGAGUAAUAUGAUAAGAUUUCGCGAUUCCUAAUCUUGUUUUUCCUCGAACUGAACGACUAAUGAGAAAGCUUUAUCAAAUUAGUUCGAAACCUUUGUUCAUCGGGAAUAUCGAAAAUAUAAUUACCGCGAUCGGGAUAAUACCACCUUUGAAUCUACAGAAUUCUGUUCUUCUUUUUUCUGUUGUACGUUAAUUGGCAUGGCUUCGUUGAUACCUUUGUAACACGUUUCAUGUUUCGCGUAUUCGUUAAUUAACCGUUGAGAUCCUUUUCUGAAUUAGCUCACUUUCACAAGCUUCGUUGCGCACUGCAUUUAUUCCGAGAACAGUGUUAUGUUUUUUUCAAAUUAUAUUUUUGCGAAUCGCGUUGUUAAAAUUUAAAAUAUCAGUUCUCAGCUUCGUUAAAGAUCGAAGUAGAUUGUAUUUGAUAGUAGAGACCUUUUGUUAAG